AUGGUUCGCCGCAUUCUGCGUCGACAUGGCACCUUUCGUCGAGCCGUGCUGAUAUGGUCGUUGGUUUCCGGAGUGGCGUGGGUUACGGCUUGGAGCAGGCGGGCCUUUUCCCUAGCGCGACCGGAACUACCAAAUUGGCCGGCCAAAUUGAACAAGGCAGAGAACGAUUAUGAUGAAGCGAAGCAAAAAUUGGAGGCUGAAUUUCAGAAAGAGCCCCAACAGCGAGACCAACAACGCAUCGAGUUCCUACAGAAGGCUAUGCAGAACGCGCAGAAGCGCUUAGAGUUUGCCCAGCAGAUGCUCCUGCAGGCGCAGUCGCCACCAUCCGAGGCCAAGAUCACGGAGGAUGUCAUCGACCAGAAGAUUAAGGACAAGGAGUGGCGCUUGCCAGAGAACCCAGAUGUCAGUCCCCUUUUCAACAGAGAGAAAGAAUUGGAGCAGGUUCAGAAUUACAUUGCCAAUCCAUUCGCUUUUGCCAACAAGGAUGGUCUGUUCAACCUGCUGGGCACAUCUGGAAUGAAGGGCAUCGGGAAGACCCAGUUGCUAUUGAACUCUUUGCAGGCUGUGGAGAACCUGUCGAACACCAAAGCUGUGUACUUCACCUUCAACAGACAUGGUGAUCUGAAAGAGAAGUUUCAAGAAUCGCGUCGACAAGGGCAUGAUCAUGCUAAGGCAUUGGGUCAUGCAAUCCUCACUGCGUGCUAUGUGCCCGAAGAGUUGGCCAUGACAUGCAAUUUGGACGAAUGCCUCGGCAUAGUUCGGAAGCUCGUGUCCGCAAGCAGUGACGAGCGACUGGUCAUUUUCAUCGAUGAGCUUGGUCUGCUCGAUGCAUAUGAAAAAAAACCAGUGGUUGUGCCAGUUCUUCAAUCCUUGAUGCGACAGAUGGACAAGCAAAAGGGCAAACUCGUUUUUGUUUUCUCGCAUCUUCUUGAAGAGAUGUUGAAGCGUGGGGCAACUGACGCGAGUGGUCGCAAGAUUGAUGGAAUACCUUUGGUUGCUUUGGCCAUUGACAUCUGGAGAACGAACCCCGACUUCAGCGAAUGGGCAGAAGCGGCGCGCAAGCACUCUGGUGUUCAUCAGUUGUUGCUGUCCUGCACUGGUCAUCCCCGUUGUCUCUUCGAGGGCUUGAGGGUAGUUGAGGACUUGUGUAAGUCGCCACCUCAGACGGCAACCGCUUUCGAACGAGCUCGACAGCAAAUUAUCAACGAGUGCAAGUUCGAUGGCAUGGAAUACACACUUGAAGAAAGCAUGUUGAUGCAAUGGUUCAGUCCGCUGGAGCAGAUGAACGAGACUGCCCUCGACCGUGCCGGCUUGCUGGUUCGUGUAAAGACAGGUUCAGAGAAGCGUAUGGAAGGGCUCAUGUUCCACUAUGAGGCGGUGCUUCGGAUUGCACUGGAUGGCAAACCCAUCGCGCUGAACAAGUUCUACACCACCCACUAUAUCGGGACGAAGUUCAAGAGGAUGCGGGGGCUCGUGGCAGCACUCCCGACUGACGGGGGCAAUAUCAUUGAGUUUGUGCAGGACUUUAUUGAGAUUGAUGCAGUCAUAAAAUUGCUGGAGGAGGGCGUCACGAUAGUCUCGCAGAAGCAGUCCGAAGAAGGCGUGGAGUAUCUCACGCCGUGGCGGCUGAAUGAUGCGGAAGGCAAGCUCGUGGUUGCCUGUGUCCAAUGCAAGUUUGUGAAAGACAAGGUCCCGUGGAGCAAUGUCAAGAAGCACAUGCACUCUGCCGUGGAACCCCUGAAGCAGAAGAAGAUAGAGGUUUUCCCAGUGAUUUAUGCCACGCCUGACCAGGGCACCAUCCAGGAAAACACUUACAAAGAUGGUGUCUACUUUAACGAGGUCAGCAUUUUCAAAUUCACGAGCAAGUUGGGCAUUCUUCGGCUUCACACUGAGAAACUCGGCAAGAGCCUGCAGAAGGAAGUGCCCGUGCUCAACCGCUCCAGAAGCGAGGUUGCAGAUGAGACAGGCAUCUUCGCUAUGAGUUCGAAUACAAGUUUCACCGAAGAUCAGACACAGCACGUGCGAAAAACAAUCAGGUUCCACGGUUUCAGUGAUUUUUUGGAGUAG